CUCUAAGAAUUCCAGCUUUAUAAUUUUCUUGAGUUGUUAGUUUGAUUUUAUUUGGAAAUCAUGGGCAGUGUGAUCGUCGACGUUCUACAAAUCAGCAGCUCGAUCCCUCCGGCAAGACUAUUCAAAUCAUUCAUUCUCGACUCCGACAACCUCAUGCCAAAGGUGUUGCCGGGCUUCUUCAAGAGCUUCGAAACCGUUCAAGGUGACAGCGGCGCUGGUACCGUCAAGCUGAUCACUUGGGCUGAAGGGGGCCAAAUCAAGAGCGCAAAGCAUAGAACUGAUGAAAUCGAUGAGGCAAAUCGUGUAUUCAAGUACACUCUGAUCGAAGGUGGAGCCCUCGAAGAUGAUUUUGAGCUUGUCUCGUAUGACAUGAAGGUUGAAGACGGUCCAGAUGGAGGUUGUGUGUAUAAGGUAACUAGCAAAUAUCACACCAAAGGAGACAACCAAAAUGUGAUUCAAGAGAAGAUCAAACAAGGACAUGAAGGAGCUAAGGCAUUCUUCCAUGCUGUCGAAGCUUACCUCCAAGCAAACCCCAACGAAUACAACUAAAUUGGAAAAAUUAUAACUAGCCUCUGUUAAUUUUACCAGUUUUAAUUAAAUUAUGGCUUGUUUUGUUGAGCUUUGAGUUGUCACUUUUUCAAUAAAAUGUUGUGGAAGAAUGUAUUGCUUGAAGUUUAUUAAACUUUGAUUUGUCAUAUUAUAUACUAUAUGAAUACAUAAUGUAUAACUCUUGUAGUUGUUUUCUUUGUUA